AUGCAUGCGACUAAUUCUUCAUCCAAAGUAAUUUUUCAAUCGCAAUCAUCGACAACAACAUCAGACCGACUAUGUAGUGUUUGUGGAGAUAUGAGUACAGGAACACAUUUUGGUGGAAACUCGUGUGAAUCUUGCAAAGCUUUUUUCCGUCGUUCUGUUCAAUGCACACGUUAUACUAGUUAUAAAUGCUCAUGUGGAGAAACAUGUGUUGUGAAUCUCGUUACACGAAAAGUUUGUCAAUAUUGUCGUUAUAUAAAAUGUGUUUCUAUUGGAAUGAAAUCGAAAUGGGUAUUAAGUGACGAAGAGCGAGAAGAGAAAUAUGGUUCACGUCGUAAACGUAUUCGUAAAGACUGUCAGAUCAAUGAAGAUCCAGAUAUUCAUAAAUAUGUAAGAAAAGAAGAAAAACUUUUAAUUGAAGAUAUGGCGCAUGCAUUCUAUCAAGCACGAGCAACAUAUCCGUUAGAAUUUCCUAGUCAAUCAGAUCUAUCCGGUAGUAUAUCCACACCAUCCUCAGCCCGCACCACCGCCACCACCACCACCACAACAACAACAACAUCUACGCCACCGAAUCCAGCUGCUAAUUUCUUGACGGUUCCGAUACAACGAUUAGUCUUAUUUGCACGGAUGUUAAAAGAUUUUAAUUUAUUCUCUGAAGACGAUAAGGUUAAAUUGCUGAAAGGAAGCGCAAUGGAAAUAAUUGUUUGUUCAUCAAAUACACUGUUUGAUCCCAUCACUCAAAAAUUUACUAAUUAUUUAUCUCGUGAUCAACAAGCUGCCGUUGAUAAUUCAAAAUUAAAUUUUGAUCCAAUAUUAAUUAAACUUUGGGGCACGGAAUUGUUCGAAACAACAAAAACAUAUUUAAUUAGUAUGUGUAAUUUAUAUACGGAUGAAGUAUCAACAAUUUUAUUAAUACCAAUUAUUAUUUUCUCACCUGAUCGAUCAAAUUUGAAUGAUAUUAAACUUGUGAAUCAAUUACAAAUUAAAUACUCAUGUUUAUUGAGAAAAUAUAUGAAUUGGCGAUAUGGUAUCGAACAAACAGAUCAAAUAUAUCCAAAACUAUUAUUAAAAAUAAUUGAUAUUAGAACAUUGGGACUACAGCAUAGUGAAGUUAUACGAAAAUCUAUGGCAAUAAGUAAUGUUAAUCCUUUGGUACAGGAAAUUAAUGUAAAUACCAUACCAAGUAUAGUUAAAACGGCAAAAGAACAAUCUCAAACUACAACAGAAAAUUCAAAAUGUGCACAAGCCGGUAGUAGUGACACUACCACUAACAAAGAUCGUACCGUUCAAGAAAAACGCGACGAAAACGACGAUAGCAUGAUGGAAUUAGAUAAAACAUACAGUAUUUAUGAUGAAAUUGAAAAAAAUAAUAAUUCAAAAAGUUCUAGAAACAAAAAUGAUUUAGAUUCUACACCACAACAAAAGCAAUCUCAAAAGAUUAUAACUGAGGACGACAAGGCAACAAAUUUACGAAAUAUCUGGAAAAAGAAAGACACAUUAGAUUAUAAAUAUAGUUUAUCACAGACAACAUCUUUAGAAUAUGAUACAUCUAUUUGUGGAAGUGAUAGCGAUAACAGUUCACCAACAACGAACGUCGUUAUUUCAUCUGGUAAUUCUAUGGAUGUGAAUCGUAAACAAGAAUCAUCGCUACAGUCAUCAUUUUCUCAAGAUGUAAGUAGAAUAACAGGUGGCCAAAGACAACAAUUAACAAAUCUAAUGAAAAUUAAUGAUCAUCAAGUACCAGUUUUAUCUCCAAAUGGAUCAGCAAUUCCUAGGAGUAAUUCUAUGAAUUCUAGUGAUGUGUUGUCCGAUAGUUAUUAUCAAAAGGCAAAUACGUCACAUUUUCUACCAAAAGAUCAAACUAACGUUUCAUGUGUUUCGGUUAAUCAACAAGAUUCAAAUUCGCGAUCACUUCGAAAAUAUCCUCCGUUGCAUAAAGCGAAUCAAUUUAAUGAUAAGUUUUCGAUCAAAAUGAUCAAUGACGAUAUUUCAAGUGUGAAUGUUAUUCCACCUGUAACAGCAACUGCAGGAUGUUACAAUAAAGACAUGUUAAAUACUCAAAAUUUUUAUGCAGUACAGUAUAUGAGUGAGUCUAUGCAAUCUUCACAUCAUCAUCAUCAUCAUCAACAAAGACAACAACAACAUUAUCAUUAUCUAACAGCACGUCUUUCAUCGCCGAAUUCACCACAACAACAUCAUGAACAAAAUUUAUUCCCACCAGCAAAUAAUCAUCAUAAUAAAGCUGUCCAUUAUCAUAAAUCUCAAUUACCCGCUCAUUAUAAUCCAGCUCUUUAUUACCGAAGAGACAACGAAGAAGAAAAAGUGCAACUAUUAAACUGUAUCAAUGAUCCUUAUAAACGUGAUCUUAUAUUGAAAAUCUUGAGAAAACUUAAUCAACCGUCAAAUGUGUCAAAUCAACAAAAGCAACAGAAUGAUCAGUUUCAAUUCCAAUUAACUCAACCAACUGCACACCAUUAUCCUUUAUCUUUGUCAACUUCCACAGUCGAUCAUCAUAGUUUACCCUAUAGACCAUCAUCUCAACGAUCAGAUUAUAUAGCUGAAACUCAAUAUUCUUCUUCUGAUGGUAUUUACUAUCCACACCACUGUUCACCGACAGGAAGAUCGACAAAAUCAUCUACACGCGAGUCAUAA